ACACUCCUCCCUACCUUGGAAGAAGAUAUACACAAACAGAAAUAAUUCUUUUUAAUGUUUAUUUUUUAUUUUUUGAGUCGAAGUCUCGCUCUGUCGCCCAGUGGUGGCAUCGCAGUGGCGCGAUCUCGGCUCACUGCUACCUCCACCUCCUGGGUUCAAGCGAUUCUCCUGCCUCAGCCUCCCGAGUAGCUGGGACUACAGGCGCGCGCCAAGACUCCGCCACGCUAAUUUUUGUAUUUUUAGUAGAGACUGGGUUUCACCGUGUUGGCCAGGAUGGUCUCUAUCUCUUGACCUUGUGAUCCGCCUGCCUCGGCCUUCCAAAGUGCUGGGAUUACAGGCGUGAGCCACCGCGCCCGGUCCAACAGGAAUAACUCUAAGAAGUUUGGGGACAGGAGACUAAGAACCCCUAAGAAAAGAUCAUGCUGUUUCUUCCAUUGCUUUCUGUAUCCUUCUAUCCUUUCCUGGAAUGCCUUUCCCCCUGUGACCACCAGAUGGACUCCUAAUUUGCAAAACAAAAAGCGAGAAAACCUGGCUAAGUAUGUUUUUUGUUCGUUUGUUUGUUUGUUUGUUUUGAGACGAAGUCUCACUCUGUCGCUCAGGUUGGAGUGCAGUGACACCAUCUCGGCUCACUGCACCCUCUGCCUCCCGGGUUCAAGCGAUUCUCUUCCCUCAACCUCCCGAGCAGCUGGGAUUAUAGGCGUUCGCCACCACGCCUGGCUAAUUUGUAUAUUUUUAGUAGAGACGGGGUGUUGCCGCUUUAGCCAGGCUGACCUCAGGUGAUCCGCCCACCUCGGCCUCCCAAAGUGCUGGGAUUACAGGCGUGAGCCACCGUGCCUGGCCUAAAAAUGCCUGGCUAAAUUUGUUAGGGGCCACAACCCCUGAUUUACCUGCCCCUCAUACACACUCCUUUGUUUAUUCAAUACCUAUUUAGCAAUAAUAUGUUUUGGCUUAAGCAAUAUUCCAUGUGCUGUAAGCAAGAAUAACAAGGCCCCUGUCAUCAGAGCUCACAUUCCAGUGGGGGAGACAGAGGAUAAAUUCUCCCCCGGUGGACCUUGAGCUCUGUGAAGGCACUUUUGUAUUCUCGAAGCCUAGUACGUGCGGAAGUACUUAAUAAAAGUUGGUGCAAUGAAUGAUUGAAGAGCCAAUCUGGAGUUUUGAAAAUUAAACCACAAAAAUGCAAAAGGAUAAAGCCUGACGUAUGUAUAUGAUUGCAAGUGGUCAUGUAUCCAGGUCAAGACAAAGUCCCCUGGGGAUAAGAUAGAUAAUUUAGAAGUGGGUGUUACCGGCUGGGCGCGGUGGUUUACGCCUGUAAUCCCAGCACUUUGGGAGGCCAAGUCGGGCGGAUCACAAGGUCAGGAGUUUGAGACCAGCCUGGCCAGUAUGGUGAAACCCUGUCUCUACUAAAAAUAUAAAAAUUAGCCGGCACUUUCCAGCCUGGGCGACAGAGCGAGACUUUGUCUCAAAAAAAAAAAAAAAAAAAAAAAAAAAGAGAGAGAGAGAAGUGGGUGUUCCCUGGAUCCCAGAGGCGUGCAAUGCUUGAACUUAAUAAGAUUUAUAGGGCAAUUGUGGUCAGCUUUUCCAUUUAGUGUUUUCACAUACGUUAUCAUUUAAUCCUCACAUGAGGCUUGCAAAGUGCCUAUUAUUAUCCUCAAUUUACAGUGGAGGGAACUCAAGCCCAGAGUGAAUUUAGGGCCCACACCACUGCUCAGUAGGGGAGCUGUUCUGGCCCCUGCCUCUCUUCCCACUACUCAGAGUGCCUCUUACUACAGCUGGCCCUACAGGGAAGGGAAAUGCACUGAUCUGUCACUGCUGUCGAAUCCCCCAAAUUCCCUUCACCCGGUUCCUCGCACCCAGGGUAGCUGCCCUUUGGGGCGAAGGGCACAGGGGAAGGGGCCUUAGUAGGUUAAUUAUUAACCCUUUGCGCCUCAGGGCACCACGGGCUUCUGUCCCCUCCCGGAGGCGGAGGGACACGGACUGGCUAGGCGCCGGUGAGGGGGCGGCGGUCCCAGCAGCAGGCAUGGGAGUGGCGGUGCGGCCCCCAGUCCUGCGACACUGGUUCAGCCACUCAGUUCCUCUCGCUAUCUUCGCGCUGCUGCUGCUUUAUCUCAGUGCUCGGAGCCUAGGUGAGCUGCCCCUUCCAUCACCUGCUCCGGGAGGAAGCCCGGAGUCCAGGCCCUCACGACUCAAGCCUCUUUCUCGAGCCCUCACCGCUCCGUUUCUCCUCUCCCCGGGCGCCCGCUCGGGCUGCGGACCCAGGGCACAGCCCUGCGUUCCAGUGGGAACGGCGCCCUUCCAGGUCCGGCAGGAGUCGGGACCCCUGGAGGCCCCGGAGAGGAAACAGCCUCCGUGUCUGGGCCCUAGGGGGAUGCUGGGCCGCAUGAUGAGGCGGUUCCACGCCAGUCUGAAACCCGAAGGGGAUGUGGGGCUGUCCCCGUACCUGGCGGGAUGGAAGGCACUCGUCGAGUUCCUGACUCCCCUCGGCUCCGUCUUCGCCUUCGCCACUAGGGAGGUCUUCACCAAGGUGACAGCCCUGGAGGCUCGGGUGCACGGCCCGGACGCGGAGCACUACUGGUCGCUGGCGGCCAUGGCGGCGUGGGAGCGGAGGGCGGGACUGCUAGAGCAGCCGGGGGCGGCCCCCCGGGACCUGGCCUGGAGCUCGGGCUCUCGCACGCUGCUCCUGCUGCACCGCGCGCUGCGCUGGUCCCAGCUCUGCCUCCACCGGGUGGCGACCCGCGCGCUGGGAGGCCCAGACGCGGGCGUGCAGUGCAGCGACGCCUACCGUGCGGCCCUGGGUCCGCAUCACCCCUGGCUGGUCCGUCAGACCGCCCGCCUCGCCUUCCUCGCCUUCCCAGGUCGCCGCCGCCUGCUGGAGCUGGCGUGUCCCGGAGCCACCGAGGCGGAGGCGCGGGCCGCGCUGGUCCGGGCCGCCGGCACCUUGGAGGAUGUCUACAACCGCACCCAGAGCCUGCCGGCCGAGCGCGGCCUGCUUCAGCUGGCCUAAGACGGCGGCUGCGGGGACCGGCGGGAACGGAGCGGACCGCCCGGGGUGGGGCCGCGCAGCCCGGGGUCAGUCCUGCAGCCCGCGCCGCGGCCGCCUCCGUAUCCCGCCUCCUCCGUGACGUCGCCGCGGCGAGGGCCGCCCCCGGCAGGGAAUGGCGUCGAGCUCCCUCUGUCCGCAGUCUCGGAAAGACGGGAGGAGCUGUGAGGAAUAAAAAGCAGUAUUUGGCAGCGUCGACGUAGAGCGUUUUGUGUGAUGACGACAGGCGCUUAAGGGAAAUAAAAAACCAAUGUGA